ACUCGAAACUUAACUUGAACACAACCAUACAUUUAUCGCGUACUGACAGCUCUGGAUGCGUUUUGUGCGAAAUGAAAGCGAAACUUAGGGAAUAGUAUUGAAAGAGAGCGCAGAGGGCGAGACAGACGCAGCGAAGAGGACUUCACGAACAGGUUGUAAAGAUGUCUGAUGGGAAGAGCAUGCAGAUCUGCCACUGUGGCUGGUCUAAACACACGACAUAUCAUGGUCUAAGAACUCACCAGGGGAAGAAAGGGUGUACCCCAAGGUCGACCCCAACCCGAAGCUCGGACUGCACAGCUCAGAUCAUCUUUAAUACUUACAUCCCCAAAUUCACAUAUGCGCCUAGCGCUCCUUGUGACAACUUCCUGAUGAGGCAAAUACAGGAUGUGAUUAAAGAAUCAGAGAGCGAUCUGUCAUUUCCAAGCCUCUCCAGCCUGCUCAGUGCGUCAUCAAACCAACUGUUUCAAACAGAAACUUUACAAGUGCCGAGUCUUCCUGCGCCAAACAUGAAUCAGCCAAAGCUUAAAGAGAUCUCUGGGCCUCAACCAAAAGCAACCACUGAAGCACCUGUCCAAAGACCAUUCUUCGGCACAGCUCACAAACCGCUUCAGCUGGUUGAAAAUGGAAGCAAAACUCGCAAUGCCCUGGAUUCCAUGGUCGGACAACAACAGACGUGGCGCUCGCAGACUGUGAACGUGGCUGAUGUGGUGACGGAUGGAAAAGAAAACAAGCCAAGGUUUGGAGCAGUUCCAGCACCAACCUUUGCUUUUGCAUCCAGCCCUUCACAGAAUAUCUUUAACCAAAACAAACAGCCUGAAUCUUUCACUGUGACAUCUGGAGAUUCAUCAGUGGAUUCUGGGUUUGGAGCAGCUCCAGCAUCAACCUUUGCUUUUGCAUCCAGCUCUUCACAGAAUAUCUUUAACCAAACCAACCAGUUGUUUUCUCCAAUGUCUGGAUCUUUCAAUGCUCCAACACCUGCUCGCCCACAACAUGCUACAAAUGGACAGAACAGUCCCCAGUUUAUUGGAAGAUCUGCUGAUCUCAGAUGCUCCAGUGCAGUUAACAAUUGUGUUCCAAGUUUGGCUACUACAGAGGCUUCAGUCAAUAUGGAAAUCAGACCAGCAUCUGGAGCUUCACAGAAUAUAUUUGGUGAAAACAAACCCCAGUAUGAACCACACAACGCUUUUACUGCAGCUUCUGGAGAUUCAUCUGUGUGCCAGAAUUUUCCACAGAUGCAGCAGCAAUUUGGGUUUCCUCAAGCACAGCUGCCAUUGCCCUCUACUAGUACACAAGAGGUGAUGUUCCAGUCCCCCUUCUCGUCUCAGCCAGACCCCAAAACAUCUGGAGCUGCAGUGAAAGAAAACCAAAACACAGGUUUUCCACAGCUGCAGCAGAACUAUGAGUUUCCCCAAACGCAGCGGCCACUGCCCUUUACAAGUACACAACAGGCGAUGUUCCAGACCCCCUCCUCAUCCCAGCCAGGCCCAAAAACAUUUGGAGCUGCAGUGAAAGAAAACCAGAAUAUAGUGACUCCGCCUGCUGCCAAUACCACCGGAGCCGCUCAGAAUGGCCAAAGAGAAUCACACUCAGGACCUGCAAGCCCAAAAACUCCACCUCAGCAUGAACCCGAGUCAUAUUUUGAGACCCCGAAGCAGAACUCUGACCAGUCUGCAGCACAACCAAACAGGAUCAGGAGAGCGCUUAAUUUCCAUACAGGUGCAGCCCAGGCUCAAACGUCCUUGACAGUUCCAACCACCACCCCCCAAACUAUAGUGCCCCCAGUGGAGGACCAGAAGGAGGCAGAGAAACUACAACAGCUUCAACGGGACAAGAUGAAAGCCGAACUGCAACAGAAGAUUCGAUGCAGAGACCAAAAACUGUGUGAGAUCAGGGCAAGUGUCAAGGCCUGCGAGGGCAGUUUGGAUGAAGAGUGGCUGGAGAUUGACAAUGUAUUUUCAAAUGUGAUUCACUUGGUGGAGGAGGCCCGUCAGAGAGCUCUGCAGCCAAUAGAGAAAAGGAGAGAAAAACUGAAAAGAGAGUCCAAAGGUUUGAUCCAGAAAAUUCAGGAGGACAUUGUAAAACUUGAAAAUGCCAUAAAGGAAGUGGACACUGCUGCAGAUUUGGAUGCUGUAACGCUGUCAAAGCUAAAGAUUAAAGACUUCAAAACAAUAAAUGUCAACACCGAUUUCGCCUUCGGGACCCUUCAAACCACAAUUUCCACCAUGAGGGAGCAAAUUCAAGAAGAAAUGGACAAACUCUCUGCUUUAGAACUUGAAAGAGCUCCAGUGUUUGCAGUGGACGUGAAGCUGGACCACAGCUCUGCGCACCAAUGGCUCGCGGUGUCCAAAGACGGAAAGAUGGUCCAAGACGGCGGACAGUGUCAACCGCACCUCCCGGUCAGCAGGGGGCGGUUUGAAUUGUACGAGAGCAUCGUAGGGGCCAGUCCCGUCAGGUCGGGGAGGGCCUACUGGGAGGUGCAGGUGGGGGCCAAGAGCGGAUGGGACCUGGGCGUAGCGUCGGUCAAAGCGAACCGCAAAGGCAAGCUGACACUGAGCCCAGACGGCGGGUACUGGGUUCUAGUUCACUUCGAGGGGGAUAAGUAUGCGGCCCUGACAGCGCCCCCUUUCAGUGUGGAGCUGAAAAACAAGCCUCAGAAGGUGGGGGUGUUUUUAGACUAUGAGGAAGGGCUGGUGUCUUUUUACGAUGUCACAAAUCAAACUCAUAUUUACUCCUUCACCAACUGCAGCUUUGAUGACGGGAUGUUACCGUAUUUCAGCCCACAUCUGAAACUAAACGGCCAAAACGCAGAGCCCCUCGUCAUUACCGAAGUGAAAUAAAGUCAUCGCAACGGUGAUUUAAAAGUGUUCUGAGUAACUUUUCUGGUGGUUUCUCGUCUCCACGCGUGUAGGUGCUUUGCCUGGAAAGUUCCGCACUAUAACAUUAAACUUUUUCCUUGACCAGCCAGUUCCACGGACAUGAAUCUGACAAUAGAGCGUAAAAAACCUCGGUCCAAACUUGAGUCGAUACAACCGCAGCUGCUAAUUUGUCACGUGUGUCUCUCGAAUGCGGAACACACCUCUUAAAAAUCUCGCAAUAUCCAGAGCAUAAUAUAUAACUUGUUUUACCUGAGAUAAAUAAUACUUUUGAUUGUUGAUUCUGUAAAAAUCUGCGCUGUUUUUUAUGCAAAUGAAUCAUGCUUCUGUCUGAUUGGUUAAUCCGCCUGUCAAUCACGUUCUCUGAAAUUAGGGAGACAGGACCCAGCUCCAGAUCCACUCACCUUUGUAAAGUUUUGUCAAAGCAUGUCUUUUUACUGUGAGCAGGGUCACCUCUCCACAGAUUUGGCCUGUAACUUGGCCAGAUCGCAUCACUUGUUAUUCUCCAUGCUGGAAAAUAUUUAAUGUCAUACUAUGGAACCUUCUAGGCCAAGGGAAAACAUCUCUAUGGAGACAAGCACAUGCAAACCUUUAACUAAAUUUACCAGAGAAACAUUUUUAAAAGAAUUGCACUUGUUUUUUAACUUUACAGCAUUAUGUUGAAGUUACAUUCUUUAAUUUAUUAUGUUUUUGGUUCAUCUUAAAUAAGUUCAUGAUAAAAGCUUUCUGUUGACAAUCUGUGGGGUCGGUAAAAAUAAUGAUCCUACAUUUUACCUUCAUAUGACUUUUAAAAAUGUUUAAUGAUCAGUCCUUUGUUGUAUUUAAUUAAAUGCCAAAUACUUUUACUCAACAUGAAUCAUAAUACGGUUAACAGUGCUAUCUAUAAUUAUUUUACUUUGCUUUCAUAUGCCUUCAAUUCUUGAUGUUUGAUAUCGAUAUAGCUACACUUUUUGUGAGAACUGUUUAAAUGAUACAGUUUAUAUGACAAAAUAUCUGAAAUAAUACAACAUAUAUAAGGUGAUAUUGUAACAUGCCUUCAAUUGUUCUUGUAAAAUAAACCAAUAAAAAAGA